CAUACAGUUUUAAGACCGUCACAACCCUUCAUUCCAAGAACAGCUGAUGGCGGUGACCAUCUCCCAAAGACGUAAUUUAUCUUUCUUUCAGCCUGCCAGCUCUGUGUUUGGUUCACUAAUAAUCACUGGUCUCGCCACACUCGUCUUGCAGCAGGUGUAUGAUAAGGCUGAAAAAUGGAGGGCAGUGGCCAUUUCUUUGUGAUGGUAGCCAACAUAUAGUAGAGACUAUCAAUAUGAGGCGUUCAGCGCUGAUCAUAAUAUUGGCAGAACUGCUGACAGCAUCAGCAUUGCAGAGCAACAUACAUGGAAAACUUGUGAACAAGCUAGCAUGUCGGGGAGGAGCAGCCCACUUUAACACAACUGCAGGAACCAUCACCUCACCUCUUUACCCUGGAGCUCCUCCCAUCCACAUCUCAUGUUCAUGGAUUCUUCACAACCCACACCAAGACACUGUCAUUCUCAGUUUCAGCAAGUUUGACUUGGAUGAAGACAAACAGUGUGGUAAAAAGUCACAUGAAUGUUGCCCACUUCAGUGGUUAUUAAUAAGAACCAGUAAGGCAGAGAAUGAUGAGAAUGAAGGCAACAGUGAUGGUAGUAAGUGGCCUCACAACAUACAAGUAAAGAGAGAAACUUCCCACAUUAAAAACAGAAGAAACGCUGCUGAAUAUAAUACUUCUCAUCAAAGAGGAUUGAAGAAUAAGAAACACAUUAAAGAUCACGAUGGUACAUCAGUUUUAAUAGGAAGAAUAAGGGAGGAGCAUCUGCAUAAUGAUAAUGACAAUUCUGCUACAGUAUUAUUUAAUGAUACAGUACAAGCAAAAAACAGUAGUGAGAAUACCAAAAAUGCAGAUGUAUCUAGAGCUCUGGAAAAAACAGAAACAACAGGCCGCAUGUGCGGUAACCUGCCACCAUAUCCUAUCAUUACCAAAGCUCCGAGAAUCAUUGUCAAGUUUUUCUCUCACACUAAGGUUUCCUCAGAUCACCAGGGAUUUGCCCUGCAGUAUCAAAUAAGCAAUAACCUAGCAGAGUGUGGCCCUGACAAAUUCAUGUGUGAUGAUCCCCGACUGUGUAUUCCUAAGUCUUGGAGAUGCAGUGGCCAGCCUGAGUGUCCCGAUUCCUCAGAUGAAGCUAACUGUGAAGCUGGUUGUGUGGGAGUAGCAGACAGCCAACACUGUGAUGGACGAUGGCACUGCAGUGAAGGAGAAGACGAAUUGGGGUGUUUUGGUUGUGAUGCAGACGAGUUUUGGUGUGGAGAAGGAACAGACUGCUAUAAGGCCACACGCCGCUGUGAUGGUAUAUCAGAUUGUCAUAAUGGAGCUGAUGAAAUGUAUUGUAGUUGCUUGAAUCGGACUCAGUGUGCACCAAAUUCUGAAUUCUGUUAUGACCCUAAGACUCAGCGCUGUGAUGGUAUUCUCCACUGUCCUAGUGGACAGGAUGAAAUCGAUUGUGGUGGGCACUGUCAUCACAUGAUCCCAUGUGGUCACGGUGGACUGUGCUAUACCGCUGCCCAGCGUUGUGAUGGAGCCUCGCAGUGUGGGGAUGGUUCUGACGAGGCCAACUGUACACCACAAUUGUGUCACCCUCACCAUGGAGCCUUCCUGUGUGCAAAUCGCCGCUGCAUUCGUGAUGCUUGGAGAUGUGAUCAGUUUGAUGACUGUGGAGAUGCUAGUGAUGAAGAGGACUGCUUAAGGAAUUCUGUAAUUGUAGCAGCAGCAAUAGGUGGGUUGGUAUGUUCACUGCUGCUGGUUAUUGCCGUUGGGUGUACAUGUCGUUUGUAUGCACUGCGUGUUGGGAUUGGAAGGGCACAACAGAAUGGUCACAGAGUUGGUCGACGUUCCACCCCUCUGGCACCACUCUCUCGGCUGGAACAACACUUGUUGCAGCGGGAACCUCCACCCUCCUAUGCUGUAGCUGUUAAUGAUCCUUCUGCCUUACUGUUUGGAGGUAGUUUAAGUAGGCAUUGGAGGCGACACAGACGACGUCCUCCAGCACUUCCAGAGGGCAUAUUACCUCCUUUACCUACUCCACAUCAGAGUCAAGGAGCUCUUCACUCUUUACAUCCAUAUGAUGCUGGAUUGGGAAAUGCAUCUCGAAGAGCAAGUUUUACAGUAGGGAGUUAUGGAGCAGGAGGUAGAUGCAGCAGUGAAGAAAAAGAGCGAGAGGAGAGAGCUAAGGUUGGCAACUUCCUCCCAGUGUUGGUUCCAGACUCACAGGAUCCAGCACCACCCCCAGACAUCCAAGAUGUGCCAUUGUUAUCUGCAGUCACUGACUCGAGUGAGGAGGACAGCAUGGAGGAGAGGGAAGAUGCUCCAUUGCUAGAUUUAACAUCCACUUUUCAAGAAACAGAUUACAGUGACACUGUCUUUGCUGUUGUUGGUCCUCUGAUGGAUGGUACUGAAGAAAGCAACCAUGAAGCAUGUGCAACUAACCAUGUACUCUCAGAUGCCGCAAGUGAGUGCCCCUCUGUAGAUGCAGAGCACCAUUCAUCCCUGGCAGCAGAAGGGCAUACUAAAGUUCAAGAAAAUGUCUGUGAUAACAAGCCCACAAUGCUCAGGGAGAAUGUGUCUUUUGACUGUCAGGAAAAUGAUGAUGAUGAUGAUGAAUCUCUUUGCUUGGUUGAUACCUCCAGUACAGACUUAAAUGAAGAUAAAGAGGAUGAUGUAAGUUUAACUGGAGAUGUGAUGACAGACACAAGAGCAGCUGUUCUAGCUCUCACUGCUGUCCAGAGACACACAAAUGGUAUCUAUCAGGUUGAUACUGAGUUACUCUCACACUAAGGAAGCCAUACUCACGUUGAUUUAACUGCAUACGUUACACUGCUACCUGCCGAAGAUCCUGUUCAUUUUCUCAGAUUGGUGUGCAUGUGUUAGUUUGUGAUAUGUAUAGCAUUUUGUGACUAAAACACAGAAAAUAUUUCGUGAGGGCUUGUGGUUGUAUAAAUUUCUGGAUGUCAGUGUCUUUAAAAAAGGGUUGCUUGACAAGUUAGCUAAAUAUGCAGAUAUAAUCAGUGGUAGUACUACUGUGAUGAGUUAAUUUAUGGAAGAAAAGUAGCUUAGCACAAGCAGCUUUCUCAGUCAUUACUUUUCCUUUACUGAGGCAUAAAAAAUACUCAUAAAGGAUUAUAUUUUAAUCAUAAUUUUCAUAAUAACCAGUACAUGCACUGAUAAAAAAGAAAUGUGAUAUGUAAUUCAUUUUUUACGGUAAAUUAAAAAAUAUUAGUAUUAUAGUAUUCAGUAGGACCCCCGUAUCCACGGAUUCUGUAUCCUCGGUCUCGGUUAUCCACAGUUUUCUGUGGUCCAAAAAAAAACUUAAUUUUGCUUAAUAAUGGCCCCAAAGCACAAAAGUAUGACGUUGGCAGCUCUUCAGAGCCUAAGAAAAGCCGUGAAAUGCUUUCCAUCAGUGAAAAAGUACUAAUUCUAGACUUUGGCUUAAUUUAUCAGUUAAACUUUAUCAUAGGGAUGUAUGUAAACAAAAAAAUGAUUUGUAUAUAGGGUUCACUACUAUCCACAGUUUCAGGUAUCCACGGUAGGUCUUGGAUCUUAUCCUCCAAGGAUACGGGGGGGACUACUGUAUAAAGUGCUUGUGUAGAAAUGAAAAUGGUAAAGAUUUUAGUAUAUUGUGAACUGUGCUACAUUUCCUAAAUUCUUAAUUGAUUUUCUGAAGUCAAAGCCUGCUAAUUCAUGCUCUGUUUUGGUAAAUAAAAUUGUCUAAUCAACUGGUA